UCGGUUUGAAAGAUGUUCACCUUUCACGAAAGCCUCUCAACGGCCAAGGUCAGCACCAUCAAGCAAGCAACGCUGAGGGAUGCGUGUCUAGGCGCGCCACGACUGGCACCGUUGCCACAUGUCUCGAUGCGACAGCAGCUGCCACGACGCUUGACCCCCUGUCGCGCUCAGCGCAAGCACACCUCGAAUCUGUGACGCUUUAUUCUUCCACCGCCUUGUCGAGCUUUUCGCUGUUCAGCUUUCCCUCGGGGUCGUUCGCAGUCCCUCGGCUGCGAUCCUUCUAGCACACCUUGACCAGCUGAUGCGCGUCAGCUUGCCAAGGUGGACUAGAUGGAUCGCAGCAGAUGGAUUGCCGGUUGCUCCGAGCGAAACAUAGACCGUGCAGUCGUGGGACCAAAGCCUCGGCGACACCCUGGAUGGACCGUGAGCAGUCGCCGUCGGCGAAGGCGUGGACAAGUUCGAUUUUGCGAGGCUGGGUGGUGGUUG